AUGGUUGGAACUCUCUCCUUCGGCGACUUCCUGAGUCUUCAAGCGGCUGGUCUGAUAGGUCUCCCCGACUACUCCCCUGAUCACGUGGACGUGCACAUUCUCGACGGUCUUGACCGUACCUUUAGGUCUCUGGUAGAGAGUCCCUUCGACUGGCAUGCUAUUGGGAAUAUAGCAUUCCACAUCUUGUCGAACGAUCACUUCAUGCAGACCUUAGAUGCUUGGAUCGAGUCUCAAGGAGGCGAAGUUCAGCUUCCUCCUUGGGUUGAAGAAUUUCGGGAAUGGCAAUAUCCCGAGGAAGAUUCUUCCGGUAAUGCUGUUCCCGAGAAGUCCCUUCACCGACGUCUGGUUUCAGCCAGGUUGUGGGAUGACAAAGAUGAGAUGAACGAGCUAGAGUCUCGUUGGACUUCCAACGGUUGGAUGCCCGUUUCCAUCGGCGAAUACUUGGAGGUUGACGCAAAUCGUCAACCAGAGGCUGAUCUUGCCGAAUGGCUGGCGGCUCAUCCUGACGUCGAGUGCUUCCCUCGUGCUUGGUGCACUUCAGAAGAUGGGACGCACUCCGUCGGUAAUGCCGAGGAUUUCCUUGAUGUCGAAGCGCAAGAGGACUUCAACAUGCAGGAAGAUGAGCAAGACGAGGAUGCCUUCGACGACCUUGGCGAAGACGUCCAAUCAGGAGCCGAGAUUCUCGUUGAAGGGUCUAUCGGUAACGACCGCUGGUACUUGAACUCUCAAGGCCAGUUCUUCAUGAACAACGAAUUGUAUCCCAAAUCAAACUUUGGUGAAGAACGUUGCCUAGCCUGCAAAAAGAUGGGCUUUACCGAAUGUACUCGCGAGUUUAGCGGGUCGUCGUGCUGGAACUGCCGCGAUCGUAAGGUCAAAUGCAGCGUAUCCGGUGGAGUUCCCGGCUCCAAGUACGCCCCUAUUUACUCGAAAUGCUUGGGCGUGGGCUUCGACCUUGAGAUUCAUCAGUUCGUGAGACCUCGUCCUGUUGAUGCCGUGAAUACUCCAAGCUCGAAUACUUCGGCAUUACCACCUCCGUCUACGACUACUGAGGGUUCGCGGUCUUCUCGCCGUAAUUUGCCGAGUCACGAUGAAGUGGCCGAUGAUGACCUUCCGGUCGUCCUCAAUCUUCUUCGCCGACAGUUGGAUGUUCAGCCGGACGCCUCUGGCAGCGGAGCGGGUCCUGGACCUUCAACACAGCAACAUUCUCAACAGAAUGUAAAUCUUCAAAUUUUGAACGCUCUGGAACGCAUCAACCAGCGUUUGGAUCGCAUGGAGACCGAAGAGAUUUCUCGUCCUGUGCGAAGGUCAAAGAAAAGUCGCGGCAAAGGCAAAGGCAAAAAUAGCGGGAAGGGUAAAGGGCGCGCUCAAGAGGAUUUCGACGACGACGACUAUGAAUGA